AUGAGUUGCCAAGCAUUUACUUCAGCUGACACCUUCGUCCCCUUGAAUUCUGACUCUUCUCCCGCUCUGCCUCUGAUAAUGCAUCAUAGCGCUGCAGAAUGCUUGCCCGUCUCCAACCAUGCUACCAAUGUCGUGUCUACAGUCCCGUCUGUUUUGUCUUUGGUCCAUACUCCUAAAUGUUCCCACGUGCACUUCUCCAUGGCAACUUUGGGAAACGCAUCUACAGGUCUUCAUUAUUCAGUCCCUUCCUGUCAUUAUGGAAACCAACAGUCUACCUAUGGGGUGAUGGCAGGCAUCAAGCCUGCAACCCCAGAGAUGUUAUCAGCAAGUCUCUCCCAGAGUCGCAUUUUACAGACCUGCAGCAUGCCCCAUCCCAACGUGGUGAAUGGAGUCAGCACUCUGCAAGGUGGCCUGACCCCUUGCCUUUAUAAAUUUCCUGAACAUGCUCUCAGUGCUAGUUCCUGUGCUCUGGGGCAUGGCUUCACUCCCAUGCACCAGUCUAUCCUUGGAGAUGAUCCCACAGCCACUGACUUCAAGCAGGAAUUCCGCAGAAAAACCAAGUCUGUUGAAGAGCCAAUAGACAUGGAUUCCCCUGAAAUCAGGGAACUGGAAAAGUUUGCCAAUGAGUUCAAACUGAGGAGAAUUAAGCUAGGCUACACACAAACAAAUGUUGGAGAAGCCCUGGCUGCUGUGCAUGGCUCUGAGUUCAGUCAAACAACCAUUUGCCGAUUUGAAAAUUUGCAGCUAAGUUUCAAGAAUGCCUGCAAACUGAAAUUGAUAUUAUCCAAGUGGCUGGAAGAAGCAGAACAAAUAGGAGCUUUAUACAAUGAAAAAGUUGGCGUGAAUGAGCGGAAAAGAAAGCGCAGAACCACCAUAAGCAUUUCUGCUAAAGAAGCUCUAGAGAGAAACUUUGGGGAACAAAGUAAGCCUUCUUCUCAAGAGAUUAUGAGGAUGGCUGAGGGGCUUAACCUCGAGAAGGAAGUUGUGAGAGUUUGGUUUUGCAACCGAAGACAAAGGGAAAAGAGAGUGAAGACAAGUUUACACCAGAACACCUUUAGUUCCAUUAUGAAGGAGCAUCAUGAGUGCCGGUAAAGUUUCCUGUGCAUAGUUGAGGAUUUCUGGGUCUUUAAGAUUUUUUUUUUAAAAGUAUUGUCGGUUUGAACAGAAACAUUUGUUUCCUCUAUAAGUUAAUUUUAACUGUAACAUAUCUUCAGUGGGCUUGAUUUUAAUGUAAAAGAUUGGAAACAUUGUUACUACAUGUAUUUGUG